AUGUACCUCUAUGACAGAGCACGGAUGUACCUUCAGAUGAACUGUUUGAUUUCUCAGUUUGCUUCAUGUUCACUUUACUUUUUUCACUUCAAUCAAGUGAAGUGGAUGGAGUUCGUAGAAGCUAAUGUUAAUUUAUAUUCAAAAGCUUUAAAAAGUUACCCUCAGUUGAGAGUAGAACAGCAAAAUACAGAGCAGGAUAAGGAGAAUGAUCCGACUAAAACUGGCAUUGCAUUGUUGUACCAAGAAGGAUCUGAACAUGCCUACGAUAUCCGAUUGAAGCUGACGAAAGAAGCUCUGACAAUUCAAAAACAAGAUGUCGUCUGUGUUAGUGGGAGCAAUCACAGUGCAAAUCACAGAACUGUUACACUUCGCAGACAACCUGUUGGCGGCUUGGGCCUAAGUAUAAAGGGAGGCGCUGAGCAUGGAGUUCCUGUUGUCUUGUCAAAGAUUUUCAAAGACCAUGCAGCUGACCAGUCAGGGAUGUUAUUCAUAGGAGAUGCUGUUUUACAGGUUAAUGGCAUUAAUGUAGAACAUGCAACCCAUGAAGAAGUGGUGCACCUUUUGAGAAACGCUGGCGAUGAAGUCACUCUCACUGUUGAAUAUCUCAGGGAAGCACCGUCAUUCCUGAAACUACCACUAGGGUCCCCAGGACCAUCCAGCGACCACAGCAGUGGGGCAUCUUCCCCCCUCUUUGACAGUGGCUUGCAUUUGAAUGGAAACUCCAGUAACACAGCUCCAUCAUCACCUUCCUCGCCCAUAGCUAAUGAACCAAAAUAUGAGAAGCGCUGGCUAGACACCUUGUCAGUUCCUCUGUCUAUGGCUCGAAUCUCAAGGUACAAAGCUGGAACGGAAAAAUUAAGGUCCAGUGCAUUUGAAGUGCUGGCUUUGGACGGGGUUAGCUCCGGGAUUCUCCAGUUUUACACAGUACAGGAGAGUGCAGAAUGGCUGAGGGCUGUAUCAGCAAACAUCGGUGAUUUGACGCUACAAAAUAUGAAAAUGGCAAAUAAAUGCUGUUCUCCUUGUGACCAGGUUGUGCAUAUGGGGUGGGUCACUGAGAGACUCGAAGGUACCAGCUCUUCUCAAACCUUCAGAUCCAAGUUCCUGGCCUUGAAAGGCUGCUCCUUCUACAUUUUCAGCACUCCUCCGGUGAGCACAUUAGACUGGGUACGCGCAGAAAAAACCUAUAACCUCUGUGAGGUGUUAUUUAAAGUUCACAAGUUCUGGCUUACAGAUGACUGCUGGUUACAAGCAAACUUAUAUCUGGGUCUUCAUGACUUUGACUUUGAAGAGCAGAGGCCAUAUUGCUUCAGCGUCCUCGUUGGUCAUGGCAAGAGCCAUGUCUUCCAUGUUGAUCUUGGGAGUGAGUUGGCUGUAUGGGAGAAGUCAUUCCAAAGAGCAACUUUCAUGGAAGUGCAGAGAACUGGGUCUAAAACGUACUCGUGCAGCUGGCAAGGAGAAAUGCUGUGUUUCACAGUGGAUUUUGCUUUGGGAUUCACCUGUUUUGACAGUAAGACAAAGAAUGUACUCUGGAGAUUUAAGUUCUCCCAACUUAAGGGAUCUUCUGAUGAUGGAAAAACUCGAGUCAAGCUGCUAUUUCAGAAUCUAGACACCAAACAAAUUGAGAUGAAGGAGCUGGAGUUUCCGGAUCUGACAUGUGUCCUGCACUGUAUUCACUCCUUCAUAGCAGCCAAGGUGGCCUCUGUGGACCCCAUGUUCAUAGACAGUCAGAGUGUCACCAGGAAAUACAUGUACAGCAACUAAAAGUGCUUCUACUGAGUGCUGAAAAUUAAAUUAUUUUCUUAAGAAAUGAAUCUUUCCUGCACAAUGUUGCAACUUUGUGUGAUUUUAUAAUGAGCCUAUAGUUGUGAUACCAAUAAAAUAUGUCACUAGUUUCCA